AGGUAGGAAUUUUUAAUAUUUAAAAUACAUAAUACAGGCAAUACAUUCCUGUACACUAUUCCAAUUUCAGCGAUUCAACAUUCUGGAAAUGCCAUUCAGAUAAAUUCAGACAGCUCAGUCAUUCCUUUUUUUCUUUUCAUAUUGAUGGGGUUAUUAUCCAUCUAAUUAUACAAUAAUUCCUUGAUAGUUGAACAAAAUGUAAAAUUCAGAGUAAUAAAUACUUCCGUCAGCCUCAUGAAUAUCGCACAGACAUCUGCUUAUCAAAAAAUCCCUGGAGACCAACAACACACGAAUUCAGCACACCCAGAGGUUAUUCCGGACUUCCUGAUGGUCUGAUAAGGCAAGUGCAACGGUGACGGUGUCAAUGAGAUAAUAAUCAGUUGGAGUUGGAACGAAUGAGUGAUAACCAGCCGUGAGGAUGGUGAAGCCGAAGGACGGACGAAUGACCUCAAGUCAUCGGGAGUGGUUGCGAGAGCUCGCCGACUGUGACAAGGUCAUCUCGGAUGAGGAAGCCGAGGCGUUUGGUCGAAUUCCGGGUGAAGGGGGAGUCCAGAGUGAGGAUGAGGCCGAUGAGGAACUCGAGGCCGAAUGCACUCGGUUGAAUAAUAUUCUUGGACUCCCAGCUGAUACCUAUUCUCUCACGAAAAUUAAAAUAACUUUGCCUGAGUCGGCGAGUUAUGGAGUCAAGUCCGGGACUAUUCAUAUGAACAGGAAAAUCUUUUCCCCAUUUUCGAGAGGUCUUCAAGGCGGUGCGAUAGCAAUCGCAGCAUUUGUAACGACAAGCGUGCAGAAGCCUCGCCAGUGGAACGAAUCCAUCAUAGAUCAGAUCAUUGAGGACGGUGAUACAUACUUCUGCGAUUCCUACAGAGAUAUAAAGACCCCCAAUCGUCGGACCCUAACUGUUCUGCAGCUGAAGAGGUCCUUGAUCAUCCAGCGGAGCCACAACGCUCUGGUGACCAUCGACGAUGCGGUUUACACCGGGACUUUUCGCUCGAUUAAACCCACAGAGAUGCAUCUGGUCAAGGCUCUGGAGCUCUUCUUCAGGAGCUAUGACGCUGCAGUACUCGUUUCACCGGGUCUCACCAUCUCUAUCUGGAGGGACGGAAGGAGUUUCAACGUUUUCGACGGUCAACCGAGGGAUAGGAAUAUAAUCCCUGACGACGAGGGCUCAGCUAAAUUGAUCACUCUUCAGGAUUUGAAUGGAGUGUUCUUUGUAAUUCUUGAGAAGAGCAAAAUUAAGAAUGAAUAUUUUGUUCUGUAUCCGAUUGGCGUUAGGGCGAUCAUGAGGCUGACCGGGGAUGAGGACGAAGAUGUCUCAAGACUCUUGGGACCUCCCCAAAGACGUCCAAGUGGUUACAUAAUCCAAGGGAACUUUCGAGCACUUGUUCGAAGCUCAUUCCACCUGAAUCAUCCCAGUAUUCCGUCAGAUCUCCAAGGUCGCACCCACCUAAUUAUCGCAAUUGCUACCCUGGUCUAUUCCCGACUGAUCCCUGCUGCCAGGUGGAGCACUCCCAUGCUAGACCUCAUCAUCAACCAGUCUCACAUCUACUUCGUGGAUCUCGUUAGAGUACUCGAGAAGAAGUUUGAUGACAGCUUGUCAUUGAGCAUUGCAGAUCUUCUCGGUGAUUUUUUCUUCGGUGUCUACGGGGCAAAAGUGAAAGUCUGGGAAAAUGUGGUCCCCGGUCAAGCAAAAAAAGGGAAGACAACGAUUGACUCGGGGCUUCGUGAUUUCUUCAAGGCUAACGACUUGGGAAUUCUCGAGGUGAAGAGAACGUUCUUCGCGGUAUGGAAGGACGGCAGGAAGUACUACUUUCUGGACCCGUUUGGCUGCGAUGCAGAAGGAUUCAGGGUCGAUCCCAGUGAUCCGGAGGAGCAGAUCAAGUAUGAGACGGCAAGUGCUUGUGUUACGAUGAACAGCUCCAUCAACGAACUGAUAGAGAUGAUCCUGGAGAACACUGGGAACACGGAGAAGGAUCCGUUCUUCCUGCAUGGGGUUCAGGUGCUCUACGUGAAGACACACUCAUCUGUUGAUGCUCCAGGAGGAACUGUUGUCUUCAGGGAGAAGAAGACAAAUCGAAGGCCGCCGCCUCCUGCACCUGCUGAGGCACCAUCAGAUCACUGCGCGAUCAAGUCAGAUGUGAUUCCCAGACCAAGACUGGGCGACGAGAAGACAAGGAACGCUGAGGGUCAGUUCCCAGAGCCUAUGACAAAUGUAGAAGAUUUCAUGAAGACGGAGGAAGAAUUGAUGAUGAUGACGUCCGACAACGAAGACUUUAAGAACAUGAAAUUUUAUAAAAUAGUGAGUCCACGAAGAAUUAUCCUUCAGGCAUCGAAGAACUGCCUGUCCGAGGAAUUUGAUGAGCAGUCUCGGGGUCGUCAGUGUUUGGCGAUUGCUCUGUCGGUUAUGGCAUUUGCGAAGAUCAAACCUCCAUCGAAAUGGAGAAGUAUCGAUUUAGAUUAUUUGCUGGCAGUUGGAGACAGAGCGCAUAACGAUUUGGUUAAGUCGAUCCAGAAGGGUAGACCAACGUUGGAUGAAGAUCCCGAGGCUGUGGAUGAUGAAGAGGAUGAGGAAGACGAAGAGGACGAAGAUGAGGACGAGAACGAAGAAGGAGAUGAUGAAGAAGAUGAGAAACUGUUGGGUAGAGCUCCAAGUCAUAUAGACGUCUCGCUGCUCCCGUCUCGAUUGAAAUUUGGAGAUCACGAUGUGAAGUUUUCUAGCAGAAAGUCGAUGUCUGAAGGGGAUGCCGAUCCCAUGGUGAACCUGGGGGAAGCCCUGGAUCGUUACUUCAUGAAAUACGACGAAGUCAUACUCGAGAACAAGCGUUUGAUGUACCCGAUCUGGAAGUCCAAUGGCAAUUACUUCAUCUUCAAUCCUUAUGGAAGUGAUGGGGAAGGCUGGAGACUGAGAGGACAUCCCGGGAGUCUUAUCGUGACUGAUUGUAUGAACGAACUGGUUGAUCUACUUCACGGAAUCCUCGAGUUCAAUGACCGCAAAUUUUCCCUGCAUUUUAUUCAUAUCGAGGCAGUGGGUCCUGGGAAUCAAUACAAAUCUCCGGUUGAGGUAGCGGAGCCUCAAGAUGAUGUCGAGAAGUAUCAGACUGUCUUCCUUCCUCUGACCGACGAGGAUGUAGCAGCACUAAGGCCAGAGCCAAAGGAGAUCGCCGCGGAAGACGAUGCUGAAGAUGAAGAAGACGAGGAAGAUGAGGAGGAAGACGAAGUGGACGAAGACGAACAGGAAGAUGAGAAUACCGAUGAAGGUGAUGAAGAAGGUGAGGAUGAGGAGGAAAAUUUGGAGGAGGCUGUCGAGGAAGCACCUCCGGUAGAUCCUCUGCUGAAAGUUCUUGAGGGAGAUCGGCCAGAUCCGCCAGGAAAACUCAAUCUCUUCCUUCUAACUACAAACGUGAAGCUAGAGGAUGAGGUGAUUGAUCGCAAUGCACAGGAAGCGUUGGAGUACGAACGCCUGAAGUACAAUCACCCACCGCCGUACGUUCUGCCCCCGAAGAGGAUCCUCGCAAUGCUCUUAGCUGCUAAGAAAGCCACGAAGUCCAUUCCCUCUCUCGUCUCCUGCUUCUCCAUCGAUUCCAGAUUAGCUGUCAAGACAGACCUACCACCUCUUGACACUAUCAACGUACCAGUAAUUGCGUCACCAUCAACUGAGGGUCAUUCAAAAUUAAUUAAACUUCCACCGAAGAAGUAUCUUUUCUCAAGAAUUCCACCGAUUGGCUUCACACCCCUCAGGGCAAUAAAUGAAAAAUUCAUUCAUGAUGAGAGAUGGGAUGAGAAAAUGAAGAAGGAGUGCAGGGAUAAAAAAUUAAAAACGACAACGUCUGAUAGUUUCUACUUAACUGAAGUGUUUGAAGCGCCAGGGGGUUUAAGAAUUAUUCCAUCAAUUAUUCCGCUUGGACCGACGAUAAUGACACCCAGGGCAAAAGUCAAAGUGAAGCCUUGUAUUGGUGGAGAGAAAAGACAGUGUCGAUUAUCAGAAGUCGAAAGACUAAAUGUGAAUUUGGAAAAAAUUACUUGUUACACCGAGGAUAUCCUCUUUGAUAUGAUAUUCCCGAUGUUGAAAUUUAAUGAAAUGAAUGAACUGCAGACCGAAGGAGAUGAUCUUGAAGGACAAAACGAAGAGUCCGAACUAGUACCAGAAGAACCAGAAAAUCUCCAAGAAAAUCCCUCCGAAUUAUCCCCUCAACAAGAGCCCGAUGAAACUCCAGCAGAUGUUCCCGAAGAAGUUCAACGAAUUCCUCAGACGAUUAGUUUCCAAUACGUCAACGAAUCCCUCUCGAUUCUCCGUGCAAACAGUCGCUUGAAGACCCUCGAGACCCUUGAAGAGCACCACCUAGACGCUUCCUACUUCGCAGCGAUCCUCUGCAUCCUCGCAAAAAUUAAAAUGGACGUCAGGGACUUCCCCAGCACGCUCUUGGACGAAAUCAUCCUCCUUUCCAAGAAGAUGCACACGAAAACCGGAAGCCUGCGGUACAAGAUUUCCCGGAUCUUCCGGAACGUUGAGUUCUUAGGAGUCAAAUUUAAUGUCAUCCUGAAACAAACUGCGUACGCAGAUCCUGAAAACUUCGAGAACGACGACUUAUCGACAAGACUUAAGGCUUACCUGACCAGCCACUCCACCGGGAUAUUGCUCUUCAGUUCUGGAUCCUUCGCGUUUUGGUACGUCAAUGGUAACUACUACCUAUUGGACCCUUACCCCUGCGACAAAGAUGGCCAGCGGAACAGCAGCGGCACCUGCUGUCUCCUAGAAUUCCCCACAAUCGAGGAUUUGAUUAUUAAAAUCCUCGAAAAUUCAGGAAUCUCUACGAGUCAAUCGUACAGAAUCCACACGUUGUGCAUCACCCACAUGGAGGCGAUGAAAUCAAAAAAGAAGACACGAGCGCCUCACAAGGAAUGUAACGUCGAGGAGCUCGACGAAGAUCCGUUGGAAAUCGAUGAGCCAAAAACGUCACCGACAGUCAAACUGAGUAUCUCCUUGAUUGAAUGCAAGGAUUGGCUUUCUGAACGUCAGCCGAAGCCGCCUCCCGUCGACCUGACGCAUCAAACAUUCAGUCCGUUGAAUAAUUUCAACGCAUCAGUCUUGGAAGUUCCCGUUGUGGUGAAUGACAUUACACGUCCAAAUCUCCCACCAUUCAGGAGAUCAGGAGCAUCAAGAUCCUUGGAGGAGCCGCCGCGGAAGAAGCCCUUCGACAGGAAAUUCAAUGAACACUCCAUCAUUCUCGAAUCGAUUGAUCUGGCGAUGAUGGCAUGGGCCUGCAUUCGCGAUCCAACUGAGUGGGGAACAAGAACUGUCAGAGGCAUCUACGAAGCCAGUGAAGACUUGAUGUUCGAUAGUUUACUGGCAGCCGAAGAUUCCACUGUUUAUGGUCUGAUUGAUGGAUUAUUCACUGAAUUUGACAUCGCCAAUUACCGAUUCGAGUUGGUAUUUACGCCGAUUCACGUCGGGAGGCUGUACGCGACGGAGGGGUGGAACCUGUCGAUGUCAUUGAAAAAGAUAUUUGAUACGCCGAUCUACUCCGGUGCUGUCCUCCUCUGCGGAAAAGCUCAUAUCGGCCUGAUGAAGAGAAAGGGCCAGUUCUACGGAUGGUGGGGUGUUGUCGGAACGAAGAACCUGAGGAUCAUAACGUCGAAUUCGUUCGAGGAAUUCCUGAAGUUAGUGGUGAUGGAGAUCGAUGAACUCGAGGAAGUCGAGUUUCAGAUGCGCAUCGUCACGGUUUCCUAUGCCAGGAAGUUGGAUCCCGAUUGCGACGACAUGAAGGGACUUCAUGAACCCGGGGUGACUGCGUCACUUCCUCAAAUUUAUCGGAAAGACGGGGAGCCUUAUGACAUGGAAGAGAUUUUCCGGCCAACGGUUCCUUCGUCAGGGCCACUUUUUAUUCCUGGGAGCGUUGCCAUCGAUCACAGAGACGUGAUCAGGGAACCUGCAUUGAAACGCUGUUACUUUGUCGCGGUCAUCAGUCUCAUGGUAAAGAGGGACAUAAUGCAGAGCCCCAUGGCCUCCAUGAUUGACAAGAUCCUCCAGGUCGCUGAUAACUUGUACCGGGAAUUCGAUGGCCCAACGUAUCACACCGAACACAUUCUCAGGAACAUCACCAUCAUGAACAGAAUAUUCGACUUCAGAGACGUUGCUUCAGAGUUGUUCACGUUCACUGAGAAUCGCACCAUCGGACAAUGUGACUUCUAUGUCCUAGUGAAGACAGAGCUGAAGAGACAUUUCAAGAGUCAUGAUGACGGAAUCCUUCACUUUACGAAUUGCUGCUACGCCUUCUGGUUUUCUAGGGCAACCGAUUGCUACUACUACCUGGACCCUUACCCCUGCAAUCCUCGAGGACGAAGAGUAUCCGCUAACGGAAGUGCUUGUCUUUGUGUGUUCCCAAACAUCUGCCAGAUGGUGAAGCAGAUGUUAUCAAAUAAAUGUGACAACACCACAGGCUUCUUUAUUCAUCGGCUUCACGUGGAGUCAAUCAACGCAGUGCCAUCUCCAGAAUUCCAGGAAGAUCCCAUGUGGGUGUAUUUGGAUUACCACUGGAGCUCUCGUCACGCCACAAAGGCCCUCUCCUCGUCCAAGAAGCGGAAGAGAAGGAAGAGUAAGAAGAAUAGAGACGACGUCUGCAAGGAGCAACGGCCAGAUGCUCUCGAGAAAACUUCCUGGAACAGCUACACCAUCGAAGUUCCUCAGUUAAUCUAUUCCCUCUGGGGAACCCUGGGAGCCUAUGACAGCCAUUUUGGUGAACGUGCAGGAAGGAAUCAGGCGGGGAUUAGUCUCGCUGUUCUCGCCAUGCAGUACCUCUGUCAUCCGUCCAGAUGGACCUCCGGUAUUUUGGAUUCUGCAGUCAUUUGUGGUGACAGCUACCAGACGGAGAGUAUGAAGAACGCAAUCAGACGUGGCUUCAAGUACUCUAACGUCUUCAAUCUUCAGCCCUGCUUCAAAGUCUUCCCACAUAUCUGGAAGAUCGAGUUCCUGUCGUCGAUGUGCGGAACUCUGUACGGAGGCAAAGAACGUCUAUCCCUAGCUACUGUCCUGGAGCUAGGCUUCAGGGAGUCCAAGAAUAUCUUGCUCAGAUGUGGGAAGAUAACACUAGGUUUAUUGUCCUCGGAGGAGGGGUUGUACGUCGCGGAUCCCUGCUGGACAGGUCCGCCAUUGUUCCCACGAAACCGCGGCGCCAUUUACGUCAUCAGAUGCAACAAUUUCCAUACUCUUGUCUACGUCUUGGUGAAGAUGAUAAAUUCUAAUCAGAGGCUUGAGUUCACCGUGACUCCAGUUGUCUUCGAGUUCAGACAGGAAGUCUGCAGGUCGUCGGACGAGAAGAGACACGUCGAGAGGAAGAGGAUCGUGAUGAAUGCAGUGGGUGUGAAGCCGGGACUUGCUCGUGGACCGCGGCUUCCGGUUUGUGGUGCGAUCACUGCCAAUGACGAGGAUGAUUACGAGAAGUAUCGAAGGAGUAUUGAAAUCGGUAGCAAAUACGGGGAGACGUUGGAGAAGCCAGUGGCGCCUUCACCGCUGCCUUGUUUGGAGAGAGACAAAGCCCGGAAUGUCCUGGUCAGCUCGAAGUGGAAGACUUACAGGGGUGUGUCCAGGCCCAGAGUUCGUGCUUCUCCACCGGUUGAUCCGAAGGUCGUGAGGCAGUUGGCGUCAGCGUCGACUUCGGAAGAAUCUUUUAGGGAGAUUCUCGAAGCCUGCGAUCGUUAUCCGAAGAUUGUUGACUUUGUCGCGAAUGUGGAGUUUGAGUCGUCGAUGAAGAGACUGACGCGGAAGAGGGUAAGACCUGAGGCACCGUUGACGAGACACUUGGAUUGCUUGCCCCCCAGGAAAUUCAUCAGGAAGAGGGGUAUGAGGGAGUUUAAGAAGCGCAUGGCAGAAAUGGCGGAUGAGGCCUUCAAAAACUGUAAACAUCGGGUGAGGGAGGACAUUCCGGAGGCUAGUGGAAGCGAGGCUGAAAGGGCUGGGGGGUCCGAAGGGGGGGAGGAGAUGCAGGAAGAAGAAGAGGAGUUUGAAGGGACUGAUGCUACGGAGACUGAGGGAUAAUCCUGUCGGGCUGAAUUCAUAAUCAAAUUUAUUUGAUUAUUGUAAAGUGAUUUUCAGAAUAAAUGGCGAUUGAAGGGGGAGACCAGGAACAGUAUUUUUGAUUAUUUUAUUGUAAACGGAAAAGAAAAAAUGGGAUAACAAGUC